AUGACUGUGUUCAAAGCCGCUGGAAUCAUUAUAUACACUACUGCAUCAUCUUCAAAUGAUAUAAAAUUUUUGCUACUUAGGGCUUCUGAUAAGCCUUAUCACUGGACUCCUCCUAAAGGGAGACUAGAUCCUGGUGAGAGUAUAAUGGAUGCAGCUCUGAGGGAGACUAAGGAGGAAUCUGGUUUAUCCCAAUCUUGCUAUAAGCUAGAGAAUGACUUUGUUGAAAAACUCUAUUAUAAAGCUCACGGUGCCGAUAAGGAAUGCACUUAUCAUCUGGCUAGACUCACAGAUAGUUCUUGUCAAAUAACACUCUCGGAAGAACAUACUGAAUAUAAAUGGGUCAAGUUGGAGGAGGUGCCUGAAUACUGCGACAAGGAAUCUUUACGUGAAUUAUUUGUUAAAGCUCACCAAUAUCUCGUAAACAAGCUUAAGCUCUCUGUAUAA